UGAAAUCACAUCCGUCAUCCGCCAUUUGCGAAAGUAGCCGAUCGCUGCUCUGCAGCGCGAGUGUCGUACGUUCGAGUAUGUCGAGAGUGUAAUUUGUUAUUUUCAAUUAAACUGUGACUUCUGUGCGGGAUUUGAGCAGUUAAAAUGAUUGUGAGAUUUUUGAGCGUGCUGUGCCUGGGAGUUUUGGUGGCUUCGGCGCACAAUGCCGAAGGAAACAACGACAAUGAAGGCGUACCAUACUUGGAGCUGGCGGAGCCCGACGAGGGCUACCACGGCCUGAUCCGGGAGAACGAGACUCUGGUGGAGGUGACCCCGGCGAUCCGCGCCCGGGGGCCUCUGUGCUCGUUCCUCAUACUGAACAACAAGCAUCAUGGGGAGGCGCCGUUUGAGAUAAUGGUGAUCGACGAGAACGAGGCGCGGCUGCGCGUGCGCUUCCCCCUCAACUGCGAGAAGCGGCGCAACUACAAGUUCGACAUCGCCGCCGUGGGCUGUGACGGCUCCUACUCUAACACGGUCCCAGUCCACAUAACGGUGACAGACGUGAACGAAUUUGCGCCGGUCUUCCCCCAAUCGGCGUACGUCAAGUCCGUGGACGAGGGACGCAUUUACGACGAGAUAGUCCGCGUAGAAGCGACUGAUCGCGACUGUACGCCACGGUAUGGCGACGUGUGCAAGUACGAGAUACUGACGGAUCGGAGCCAGCCCUUUGCUAUCGAUACCUACGGUGUGAUCCGCAACACGGAGCCGCUGGACUACGAGAAAUCACACAACCACAUCCUGUCCGUCGUCGCUUACGACUGCGGCAUGAUGCAGUCAGCUCCAGUUAUGGUCACCAUCAAGGUUAACAAGCCCUGCCGCGCGGGCUGGAAGGGAGUGGCAGAACGCGUGGACUACGCCCCCGGGACGGGGCCCCUGGCCCUGUUUCCAGCCGCGCGCCUCGAGGCCUGCUCGUCCGACGAGCGCUGCCCCGGCGUCACCAGGAUCCAGGCCGCCGUCACCCUGCAGGCCUCCAGGGCCGGCACGGGCUGCGACCGGGACACCUAUGCUAUACACUCGCAGAGGACCAUUUGUGGUUUGGACCCUAAGACAGUGGACCUCCUGCCCAGUCCGGGCGCUGGCAACGAAUGGGCGAAAGCUCUCAAACCUGAUUCAGGUCGCGACGGCGAGCAGAUGUUCGAGUUUGACGGCUCAACGACGGCGUCAGCGGUGCCCUCUAGCGUGCUGCCGUCCUCCCUGGCCGGCAGCUUCUCCAUCUCCACGUGGAUGCGCCACGCACCGCCGCCCGACCACGACAAGCACAGGAAGGAGCAUGUCUUGUGUCUCGCUGAUGACCACAAAAUGAACCGCCACCACUACGCCCUGUUCGUCCGCAACUGCCGCCUGAUCCUGCUGCUGAGGCGAGACUUCGGCAAUGGUGACCUCAACAUCUUCCGACCCGCCGAGUGGCGCUGGAAGAUCCCCGAGGUGUGCGAUAACGAAUGGCACCACUACGCUGUAAACGUGCGCUUCCCGAACGUGGAACUCUUUGUCGAUGGAGAACCUUACCGACCUGUUGACGGAAAGGGACCAGAAGUUAUCGAUGACUGGCCACUCCAUCCUGCUCAAGGAGUCAACACCACGCUAGUCGUUGGAGCCUGUUGGCAAGGAACCGAAAGCGACAUGAAACACCACUUGCACGGGUGGCUGGCCGGGCUGGGCGUGCUGGUGCACGCCGUGCAGCCGCCGGCCGCGCUCAAGUGCGUCGCGCACUGCCGCGAGGGGCUCAGCCUCGCCCCGGAUCUAUACCUGAAAUCGGUGUCGGUGGAGGGCGACGGCGUGGCGGACGUGGAGACGCUGCUGCGCCGCGUGGCGUACGGCGACGCGCGUGCCUUCCCCACGCCCGGCCGCCGCAACGUGCACGUCGCCACCACCAUCACAUGCGACAACGGGCGCAUCAUCAAAGCAAAGCCCGCCGAGUCCUACAUCAUAGUGUUACAACCUCAAACACCGAGCAUCCUGAUCAACGGAACUGAUGACGCUGCGAGAGACUACGCCCAUUUCCGUCAGGGUUUAAGGGUGUUCCCUGAAUUAAGUGUUAGAGUAUUAGCUGCACAACAUGGAGCCGUGAGAGAUGCAGAGACGCAGAAGCUAGACUCGUGCGUGGUGUCGGUGUACCCGGCCCUGAACCCGGACCACGAGGCGCUGUCGCUCCGCUCGGCCUCGGAGCUCCCGCUGCGGUACGACAUCCGCGCCGCCGUGACGCGCGACGGCGUCAUCCUGACCGGCUCGGACUCUGUGCACAACUACCAGCAGGUAAACACGACCCAGCAGCUAGACUCGUGCGUGGUGUCGGUGUACCCGGCCCUGAACCCGGACCACGAGGCGCUGUCGCUCCGCUCGGCCUCGGAGCUCCCGCUGCGGUACGACAUCCGCGCCGCCGUGACGCGCGACGGCGUCAUCCUGACCGGCUCGGACUCUGUGCACAACUACCAGCAGGUAAACACGACCCAGCAGCUAGACUCGUGCGUGGUGUCGGUGUACCCGGCCCUGAACCCGGACCACGAGGCGCUGUCGCUCCGCUCGGCCUCGGAGCUCCCGCUGCGGUACGACAUCCGCGCCGCCGUGACGCGCGACGGCGUCAUCCUGACCGGCUCGGACUCUGUGCACAACUACCAGCAGGUAAACACGACCCAGCAGCUAGACUCGUGCGUGGUGUCGGUGUACCCGGCCCUGAACCCGGACCACGAGGCGCUGUCGCUCCGCUCGGCCUCGGAGCUCCCGCUGCGGUACGACAUCCGCGCCGCCGUGACGCGCGACGGCGUCAUCCUGACCGGCUCGGACUCUGUGCACAACUACCAGCAGGUAAACACGACCCAGCAGCUAGACUCGUGCGUGGUGUCGGUGUACCCGGCCCUGAACCCGGACCACGAGGCGCUGUCGCUCCGCUCGGCCUCGGAGCUCCCGCUGCGGUACGACAUCCGCGCCGCCGUGACGCGCGACGGCGUCAUCCUGACCGGCUCGGACUCUGUGCACAACUACCAGCAGGUAAACACGACCCAGCAGCUAGACUCGUGCGUGGUGUCGGUGUACCCGGCCCUGAACCCGGACCACGAGGCGCUGUCGCUCCGCUCGGCCUCGGAGCUCCCGCUGCGGUACGACAUCCGCGCCGCCGUGACGCGCGACGGCGUCAUCCUGACCGGCUCGGACUCUGUGCACAACUACCAGCAGGUCCUCCGCGAGAUUGAAUACAGCAAUAAGAAGCCCGCGUACUACCUGAACCGCGUGUUCAAGCUCACAUGCUCCGAGCUGGACGGCCGGUUCACCAGCAACGAAUAUGUUCAAACGCUGACCGUGGUGCAUCCUCACAUGAGCGGCGACGGACUAGCGCGCGAGCUGCACCCCAGCGGCGUGGCCGACAAGAUGGACGCCGUGGCCAGAGACAAACAGCCCUCGCACCUGCACGGGCACGCGCUGCAGCCGCGCGUGUUCGCGGCGCACGCGCAGCGCGACGCGCACUCCGCCGAGAUACCGGCCGCGAGGCUGCUCGACGCGCCCACCAGCGCUACCAACCACGUGGCCCUGCUGAUCGGCGUGAUCGCGUGCGGCGUGCUGGUGCUGGCGGGCGGCGUGGGCCUGGCGCGUGCGCGUGCGCCGCGAGCGCCGCGUGCGCGCGCGCCGAGAGACGAGAUGGCCUGGGACGACUCCGCGCUCACCAUCACGCUCAACCCCAUGGAUGAGCAGGGCGCAGCGGAGAUGGGCACAGCCGGCGCAGCCGAGCUGAGCUCGGACGGAGAGUCGUGCGACGACUCCGACUCGGACCGACACGACUCGUCGGACGAAGACGAGGAGGUGAUGUCCGGCAAACAGCAUAAAUACAGAAACAUCAGCCAGCUGGAGUGGGACAACAGCACCAUGUAAUGAGCCCGCGCAUCUUGCAUCUCUCUCGCACGCGAGCCACGCCUCUAUCGCUAUCUCGCUCCGCAAACUGUCCGCAUUAGUUUUUACGUGUAAUGGAAAGUAUUGUUGUAUGAACGUCGUUUAAUGGUUUUGUGAUAAUCGAUACACUGGCAAUGAUAUUAUAACUGUAGAUAUGGCAUACCCUAACAUACCAAGCGAAAAAAAUGCUUCCAACGUCACUGUAGCACACACUAAAUACACCUACAUACUCAAACGUGUAAAAGAGAUAGCAUCAUUAAAAUAAUUCAUAAGUAAAAAAGAGACGACUAGUGUUUGUCACUUGCGCGUCAUAGUUAAAAAUCCAACUAUAAGAGCAAACUGUACAAGUGACACAAAAUAACCUAUCUAUAUUUAUAAUAUCAUUGCACACUGAUGUGUUUACUUUUGAUUUUUGUCUUUGAAGUUUAGAUAUAAUUAUUUCGACUAGUGCUCGUUCGGGAUACUACUAGAAUAUCAAAUAUGACGAUCAAAGUAAAUUACACAAACGACAGGAAAAUGUAUUACCAUCAGUAAAUAUCAACUGUAUUUUAAAAUAUAUGCAAAUUGAUGAUUUAAGUUGUAAUUGUAAAGAAAGUGUAAGGCUUUCUUUGUCUUACUAUCUUUGCAACAGAAGAUAUUAAUCGACUGAUUGGGCAAAAAUAGAAUAAUUGACUAAGACUAGUUAAAUUUGACGUCCCAAUCGGUAUACGAGUCAUUUAACUUAGGAAUGAUGAAACUAUUAAGUCGGAAACUAAAAGUAAUGCGAUUAAACUAAUGCAUACUGUUUGCGAUCCGUCUAUCUCUGUCCCACACUAGGCCCGGUCCUAAUGUGCGACAGAGACGACUCAGCGACCCACAGUACAGAACGGAAUUGAUUUCUCGAGGUGUAGAAGCUUGGCACAAACCACGGCACAAUUUGUCAUUUAUAUUUUUAAUUUGUAGUUUAUUGUAAGUCUAAAAUUGAUCAUAUCAAGUUUAUACGUAAAUGGUUUUCCGCAAACUAUUGUUGCCAAUAAGCGCGAGUGUACUUAACGUGUUUUGGAACGCGCCCGGCGGCCAUUCUGUGUCCGUCUCGGCGGCCAUUUUGUGUCCGUCAUGUUGGCAGCGGCAGUUCGCUCCGCGCUUGCUUUGUAGAACAGAGUACUCUACUCUAGAACUCUUUUCUAAUCUUUUUUUAAAAAUAAGUGGAAACAACUGUAUGUACUAAAUAACAGUAGUCGUUGUAAUUUCGUAUGGAAUCAGUAUAGCUCGUAAUAUAGCUUGUAAGUGAUCAAAUACUAUGUAUAUUGAAUACUUAAGAGAUAUGUUGUAUGCUUCACUUUACACUUCAAAUAUAUUUUGCUAUGUUUUUUUUUGUUUUAGAGUCCCGGUACAGCGUUGCCUGUUUGCGUUGAGUUAUUUUUGGUUCAAAAUGCAUUUAACAUUAAUUUGAAGGUACAAAAGCUUCGUACAAUUUGUAGUUAUUGUCGUUCGACACAGAAAUGUCCAAAAAUACUUCUACCCUUUAUGAGCUUCUCAAAGAUCGGCUUAAAUGUAUAUUAGGCACAGAUAUUUUGAAAAAAAAAAUAGAUGUACGAUAUUAUACAAGUAAUAUACAAAAUGGUAUCGACAGCUACUAUAUAAUUAAUUAUAUAUAUAUUUUGAAUGCGUUAAGGGAUUUUUACUAACAAUUAGGUAGUAAGAGGCGGUUACGCCGCCGGUCUAACUGUAGGUAGGGUUUUAUUUGGGUCUAUCGGUAGUGCGUCUCGCUCGCAUGCCAGCUGUUACCACCCCCGUGACAGAGACAAAAUAUAUGAAAGAGUAAAUACACAGACGCGAUAUUAUUUUGAAGUGUCGAGUUUCGUCCCAAGGUCACGGGGUUGGAAGAAAAGUUUGAAGUUAAGUGGUUGCAUAUCAUGGAACGUUUGCCAUAUUAGUGUUAUAUGUGUACGACUGUACGACCCCAAGCAAUCGUUGACAUAAUCAUUUUGUCUUUGUCACUAGUUAGCGUUGUUGUAUGUUGCCGUUUCUCUCGCACAUGUGGCGGUUACGGGCGGGUUGUGCUUGACAUUGUUAUUAAUAAGUUUGGUUUAAUCUCAUAGCAUUUAAAAAAACUCGCGCAAAGUAACUUAUCCACAUAAGUAUCCAGCCUGCCAGCCAGCCAGCCAGCCAGCCAGUAAGUAAGUAGCCUUUGCGCAUAAAAUCUAAUUUAAAGUCCACUGUUUUAAAAACUAUCCGCACUUAUGCUUUCUGUGUCAAAUAACUAACAAAUUUGACAAUAAACAUUAUGUUAAGUGCGGUUAACUGAUCGAUCAACGUUAAAAAUACAUAGCUGUCUCUCAAGCAGCUUUGAAUUUUACUUAAAUUGUCUCACAUCUGUCAUGACAACUGUCAUAUUAGAUGGUCUUUGGCUAUGUUCCGAAUUACGCUCACAACGCUCAGAACGCUUACAGUGCUAGCUGCUGAUCCGAAUCAGUUAGCGCGCUCAAGGCCGCGUGUUUUGUUUCGGACCGGUCAUGAGCGUGUUCAUGUCCGAAUUACGCUCACAGCACGCUCACGAUACCGAUUCACGCUCAUAGCGCUGUCAUUGUCAAACGUCACCGUGACGUUUGCGCUCAAGGUGCUUACGCCUGGGAGUGUGAGCACCGUGAGCGCCGUCCAUUGACGUCAUCAAUGACGUCACGAUAUCACAUGUAAGCGCUAUGAGCGUGAAUCGGUCCGAUCGGGAGCGUGCUGUGAGCGCUGUAAGCAUAAGUAAUUCGGAAAAUAGCCUUUGUAGACCGCGGGUUCGGAACAGAUUUCCAUUACCAAUCGCCUCCCGGGCGAAAACUCGUAUAGUGGUUAACGACUAUGUAUGAUGAACCCUCGUGAACGUCAGCUGCCGCUCCGUUGGUGGGUUGAGGAAUGGCAGCAAAUAAAUUCUAUAAAAAAAAAUUGUUAUCGCCUCCCACUUAAUACUUUUCAGAUGAUAGUUUAGAUGCUAUUGUGAAUAAACAAAAUCGUCAGCCGAUUGUAUCGCUGUGGAAAGACCGUGUUACGCGUUUCGGUAGCUACCAUUCCUCAACCCACUAACGGAGCGGCAGCUGACGUUCACGAGGGUUCAUCAUACAUAGCCGUUAACCGCUAUGCGAGUUUUCGCCCGGGAGGCGAUGACUGACGAAAUUUGCGCCUGGCUCGCGGUCUAUUGUAAUUUUAAAAAAAAUUUUACACAAUACUAUCAACACAUUAUAGAAUCAACACUUGAGAGAAUCUAUGUGGACGCGAUAGUGUGUUCCGCUAUGAGACAAACCUAAACCGUCAAGGCAAGAUUUUGUCAUUUGGUUAGAUAAAUUGUGCCAUCUUAAACAACGAAAAUGUCACCUGUCAUUCAGUCAACGCAGCCCGCCGUAUUAAGUUUCUGCUUCAAGUUUCCCGUUGUGUUUGUUAGUUUGUUCUUGACAACCGUCCAACUUCGCUAUUUUAAUGUUUUUAAUCUAGUUUAAGAUCUGAAAGGUUUUAUUCUUUGACAGCGUUCGCACAGCCAGUUUUUAACAAGUAUUAUGUGAGGUAGCUAAUUUCUUUUUUGUAUUUUGCUGUAUUAUUACAGUAUACUUAGGAAUCCUCUUUGAUGUAUGAAUUAUUAUAUUUUAGCUAAAAAUAAAGUUGGUUUAAAAUAA